UGUGUUGUUUCACUCGCCUCUUUCUCUCUUACACACACGCACGCUGCACGCGGAUCUCCUCGCUCGCCGGAACCCUAGCCGCCGCCCUGCUUGCUCACCGCCGGUGAGAUCCCUUUGUCCUUGUAUCCCACCCGUAGAAUAAUCGAAGGAUUCUCUACCCACGUGACCUAACCUGGUUUCCCUGAACUUGUCAGAUUUUGCAUCGUGCCGCCGCUCCGCCAAGCCGAGCGGCCGGGAUGAGCAGCCACCGUAAAAACUUCCGCCGCCGCACCGACGAUGCCGAUGGAGCCAAGGGCGAAGAUGCAGGGCUUCCCAGCAGACCGGCGGCCACCAAGACCCAGAGCCCAGCUGUGCCUAAGCCCGUGUCGCCGAGGCGGCAGCAGGGCGCGAGCCGCCUCAGCUUCGCCGACGAAGAGGACGAAGAUGACGCCGAGGAGGGCCCGUUCGCGCAGCAGCGCCGCCGUCCGUCUGCUUCUGUCCGGUCGACCCGCACGGCCUCACCAGCUGCGUCGGCUCUCCACCGCCUCACGCCCGCCAAGGACCGGCUGAAGAGCUCGCCGGCCAUCUCAGCCGCGGUUCCCGCGCCCAAGCCGUCCAACUUCCAGUCGCAUGCUGGCGAGUACACCCCCGAGCGCCUCCGGGAGCUCCAGAAGAACGCCCGUUCACUCCCUGGGAGCCUCAUGCGCCCACCACCGCCUGCCCUGGCGGCUGAGUCCCGGCAUCAGCGGUUUGCUGGAACUGCUGCCAGUCCCGCUUCUGGUACUUCUGCAGUUGCCACGGAGCCAGUGGUUGUUCUCAAAGGUCUGGUGAAACCUAUGGCACAGGCGAGCAUUGGACCACGGAAACCAUUGCAGAACGAGGAUAAAAGUGAUGAAUCUGAGGAGGAGGAAGGAAACAAUGUGGACAAAGGGCCACUGAUACCUGACAAGGCGACAAUUGAAGCCAUCCGGGCGAAGCGGCAGCAACUGCAACAGCCGAGGCAUGCAGCGCCGGAUUUCAUCUCCCUUGAUGGUGGCGGUGUGCUCAGCAGCAGGGAUGCUGUUGGUGGGUCCAGUGAUGAAGAGGACAAUGAGAUGCAGGGUAGGAUCGCGAUGUAUACAGAGAAGUCGAGUGAUGGACAUAGGAGCUCAAAAGGCGUGUUUCAUGGGAUCAAUAAUAGGGGCCCUGCUGCUAGUUUGGGGGUUAUCAAUGAUGGGUUUAGGGAGCCUGAGGAUGAUAAGGAUGAUGAUGAGGAGGAGGAAGAGAGGAAAUGGGAGGAAGAGCAGUUCAAAAAGGCGCUUGGUAGGAGGAUGGACGAUUCUUCUGCUCAGAAAGUGGCUAAUGGUGCACCUGCUCCUAAGCAGGUUCAGCCCCAACCAUCUGGAUACUUGGGAGGCCCUCAUUAUCAGACCUCCGUUAGCGGGGUUGUGCCAGGGGCAUCUGUUUUUGCAUCAGGCAGUGCAGAGUUCCUGUCCAUCUCUCAGCAAGCUGAUGUAGCAAGCAAAGCCCUGCAGGAGAACAUCAGAAAGCUUAAGGAGACCCACAAGGCAACAGUUGGUGGUUUAGUGAGGACCGACGCACAUCUUAAUGAAGCUCUUUCUGAGAUAUCUAGCCUGGAGAGUAGUUUGCAGGACGCAGAGAAGAAGUUUGUGUACAUGCAGGAGCUCCGAAAUUAUAUCUCUGUUGUGUGUGAUUUCUUGAAUGAUAAGGCAUUUUUCAUAGAGGAGUUGGAGGAGCACAUGCAGAAAUUGCAUGAAAAUCGAGCGCUAGCUGUUUCAGAGAGGCGUGCAGCCGACCUAGCUGAUGAAUCAAGUGUGAUCGAAGCUGCAGUGAAUGCAGCAAUAUCUGUUCUUAGCAAAGGGUCGAGCUCAGCUAACUUGUCUUCUGCAUCGAAUGCUGCACAAGCAGCAGCUGCUGCUGCUAGGGAAACUUCAAACCUACCACCACAGUUGGAUGAGUUUGGCAGAGAUAUAAAUCUCCAGAAGCGUAUGGAUCUUAAGCGCAGGGAAGAGAACAGGAAGCGAAGAAAAGCUCGAUCGGAAUCCAAAAGAUUGUCAUCUACAGGAAAGAGUGUUAGCAGUGAGCAGAUUGAAGGUGAGCUAAGCACUGAUGAGAGUGACACCGACAGCAGUGCCUAUCUGUCCAGCCGUGAUGAGCUUCUCAAGACUGCUGAUGUUGUAUUCAGUGAUGCUGCAGAGGAAUACUCAAGCCUUGCAAUUGUCAAGGACAAGUUUGAAGGCUGGAAAACUCAGUAUCCUUCCGCCUACCGAGAUGCUCAUGCAGCUCUGAGUGCACCAUCCGUGUUCACUCCUUAUGUGAGACUAGAGCUUUUGAAGUGGGAUCCUCUCCAUGAAACAACUGGUUUCUUUGGCAUGGAGUGGCCUGAGAUCCUUUUGGAUUAUGGUGUGCAGAAUAAAGACAGUCCAGACCUUAAUGAUGCAGAUGUGAACCUUGUUCCAGUUUUAGUGGAAAAGGUCGCCCUUCCUAUUUUGCACCACCGUGUUAUGCACUGCUGGGACAUCUUGAGUACUCAAAGAACAAAAAAUGUUGUAUAUGCAGUUAAUACGGUGAUGGACUUUCUACCAACCUCGAGCACGGCUUUGCACCAACUACUGGCUUCUGUGUAUAAUCGUCUUGCUGGGGCAAUUGCUGAUCUUUCAGUACCAGCUUGGGGAUCAAUGGUGACAAGGGCUGUACCAGGUGCUGCGCAGUACGCUGCAUAUAGAUUUGGAGUUGCUACACGUCUCCUAAAAAAUGUUUGUUCAUGGAAAAAUACCCUUUCAGAAGAUGUUGUUGAGAAGCUUGCUCUAGAAUUAUUGAUGGGGAAGAUUCUUCCUCAUAUGAAGAGUAUCAUUUUGGAUGUCCAUGAUGCAAUCACUAGGACCGAACGGAUAGCUGCAUCACUUUCAGUAAUUUGGUCUUCACCAAGUAAGAAACUGCAGCCUUUCACAGAUCUUGUGUUAGAACUAUCGAAGAAGUUGGAGAGGAGACACAUGUCAGGCAUUAGUGAGGAAGAGACACAUGGGCUGGCUCGUCGUUUGAAGAACAUAAUGGUAGCACUGAACGAAUAUGAUAAAGCUAGAAAUAUUUUGAAGUCCUUUCAUCUCAGAGAAGCUCUCUAGCUUUUCCUCUUGUAUUACAAGAAUUCCAGUUUUGACAGCAGGAGGUUCUAAAUCACGUCAGUUUAUGGGAGUGUUCUAACAUUUGAUUAUAUGUACUCCCUCCGUCCAACAAAGGAUGUCUCAACUUUGAUUAAAUUUGAAUGCAUCUAUACACUAAGUCAUGUCUAGAUACAUCCAAAUUUUGACAAACUUGAGACAUCUUUUAUUGGACGGAGGGAGUACAUCAAAUGAUCAUGAGUACCUAAUUCAGUCUUGCACAUUGAUUUCUAAACAAUUUUAUGGUUCUUCCGGAUUGCAACAAUUAUUGUUUUGACAAUCACCAAUGGUAAUUAACAGUUCAAAAGGUGCAUCUAUCCAGCUAUUUCCUGCAUUAUAUAUUUUUCAUGUGUUAGUCAUGGACAAUUCUGGUAGAAUUUUAUGUUGACACUGUUAACAUUUAUGUUAUGAUAGUAGGUGUUAACCAAGUUGUGUCCCUUCAUCUAUUACUUGUAUAUCUUUGGCAAGAUUCUUUAAUUCUGAACCAAGAUGAAGAUCCUUCAAAUAUACAUUCAAAGCUUAGGGAGAUUGCUGCCUUGUGGCCCUUGUGACUUUUCACAAUUUCACCCAAUCUGAUGUUUACUGUCUUUGAUCUUAAGCUGAUCAUUGCACAAAUCUGCAAGUCUCUUCACAAUAAUGCUGGUGACUCAGAUAGCGUAGAAACACUGGAGGAACUACUGACAUAUACGAGGAUUACAGAAUCUAAGAAGAACUGCAGAAUCAAGCAGAUGGAGAUGCGCUGAGGAGGGGAGCAGAAAGAUUCAGAGCAUUGGCGCUUAUUCACCAUGAUGCUGCGAUAGAAGCUGAGGUCAGACGGCUGAAGAAGCCCCAGCGAAAGAUGAAGACACGCAGGACCCUGGGGGAGAUGCUGAUGAAUGAUACUGCGUUAUCAAGUAUUUUGCUGGUCUCAACUCGAGCGUGGGACAUUAUGAUUCGGCCGUCCUGAGAACCUUCUGUAAUACUCCCUCCGUCUCAUAUUAAGUGACUCAAAUCUGUGCCUAAAAAACGUCUAAAUACAUGUAAGAGAAAUUCACUUAAUAUGGGACGGAAGGAGUAGCUUACUCGUCGUAUAUUUUACACUCUUUGCGCUUCAGAUGCUGUAGUUUUUACUUUUGGGAGCUUAUUCUGGCAUGUCUUUGGCGUGUGUUGAACUCGGGUUGUUCCGGUAUCUCUUUGAUAGCGGAACCCGGCCAGGUCGUAUGAAAAAAAAAGGUAUUCCCUCAAUGUGAGACAAUUAACAUGGAUUGAGUAGUAGCUUUGUUAGACUACUCACUCCAAUCCUAAAUUGUUGUCUAGAUGUUUUUUAUGAA